GUCUGUGUACGAAAUAAUGUGUUCAAAUUAUUUUGCUCAUUUUAAACCGUGUUCUCAUGGUGACGAGUGUUCUCAGUGUCCCGGUCCCUCAACUAGGACAACUAAAAUGCAUCACUGUGAAAACUGUAAUAAACAAUUUACAACCCGUCAAUCACGACUACGCCACGAAAAGCUCUAUUGUCAAGUGGUCAAAAAAACAGGAAAAUGGAGGACCGGCCGCCAAAAAACAGAAAAUAUGUCAUUCAACUGCUAGCAACAAUUAUAUGUGCGUUACAUGUAAUCAAGAAAUUGCUCCAAAGCUUAUUACGGCUCAUGAGAGAAGUAGACAGCAUAGAAAUAAUUGUCAAAGUACUCCCUUGGAGGAUGGGGUAUUUGCACUCAGCAGUGCAUUUAAAUCACGCAUCGCUUCAUAUAGGAUUUGUGAUGAGGGCGAUUAUAUCGAUUUAAAUGAAUUUAUGAAUAAAAUUCACAAUAAAUUACUUGGACUUAUUGUUUCACAAAUUGAAAAAUUUAGUACAAUCAAAAUUAAUUUGGAAUUAUUUGGAAUGUAUACCAUUGAGUCAAAAAAUAUAUUUGAUGUAAAAUCUUUCAAUACUACUAACAGAAUUGUCACUUUAGGCACGAAUAUUAGGAAUAUGUUGCAUGACUUUCAAGAAGUUAUUAGUCAAAAAAUGAUGGAUUUUUUGGAACGAGAUUCAGGCUGGACACUUGUGAAAAUCUUACAUUUAGAAUUAAAUGUAAACUAUUACAAUCCAUUGAAAGCUUCAUCGUAUAUCCCACUACCGCCAAGCGUGAAAAUGAAGAGGGCAAUAGUUAAUGUUCAAAAUCAGGAUAUUCAUUGUUUUGGUUGGAGUGUCGUAGCAGCAGUGUGUCUACCUAUGGGACCAGAACAUUUACCCAGUUCAUAUCCACAUUGGUCGACACUUUUUAAUUUCCAAGGUAUUGAAUUUCCUGUAAAACUGGAUAGUAUUGCAAAAUUUGAAAGUCAAAAUAAUGUCUCUAUUAAUGUUUACGGACUUGAAUUACUUUAUGUAAACAAUAAGGUAAAAUUUGAAAUUGUGGGACCAUUAUAUUUUACAAACUUUAAGAAACCGGUACAUAUAAAUUUAUUAUUGUUGAGUGAUAACGAUGGUAAUCAACAUUACUGUACAAUAACUAAUUUGCCACGUUUAGUAUCUUCCCAACUCUCAAAACAUCAUCAUUCAAAAUUUUUUUACAGCCACUACCGCUUCAGGAACACCGUGCAUCUCAGUCGCCGCCAUUUUACAGUGAUACUGAAGAAAGCCUUGAUGCCGAUCAAGGUCAAUCGACUCCUGUCCAGCAACGAAGCCGCAGCAGAAAAGCCGCAGUCAAUUCUCGUACCACCAGCACGUAAACAGUAUCCGCGACUUCGCAACAUACCUGCAAUACAAAUACAACGAUUGCAGACUUAA